AGGAGAAAAUGCAAUCUACUCUCACAGCAGCCAGUCUGGAGACUCAACUCAUAAACCAGGCUCCUCGAGCAGCAUAUUACAUCCCUGACUUCAUAACAGAAGCUGAAGAGGAGUAUUUACUUCGUCAGGUCUACAAUGCUCCAAAGCCAAAAUGGACACAGUUGUCUGGGAGGAAAUUGCAGAAUUGGGGAGGUCUCCCACAUCCCAGAGGCAUGGUGUCCGAGAAGUUGCCCCCCUGGUUGCAGACAUACACCAACAAAAUCUCUUCACUGGGUGUGUUUGCAGGGAACUGUGCAAAUCACGUCUUGGUAAAUGAAUACAAGCCUGGAGAAGGGAUAAUGCCUCACGAGGAUGGUCCCCUUUACUAUCCCACAGUCACAACCAUCAGCUUAGGGUCUCACACUGUUCUGGACUUCUAUCUGCCUCCGGAUAGAGGACGUCCUGAAGAGGAAGACCAGGUUUCUAAAACAGAAGAACAGAGAUAUGUUCUGUCCUUCUUGCUGGAGCCCAGAAGUCUUUUUGUUCUUCGUGAGGACUUGUAUAAAAAUUACCUUCAUGGAAUUCAUCCCUGUACCCAUGAUACGCUCAGCCACAGAGUGGCCAAUCUGGACAAGUGUGUGGCACAAAGUGACGAGACACUGGCCAGAAGGACACGAGUGUCACUGACUAUCAGAUAUGUCCCCAAAGUACUGAAAACCACACUCUUCCUGGGGAAGGGGAAAUAA